GUACUCGCUCCCACACUCUUCGGCAUCUUUUUCUCCCUACUGCUGUCUUACGCCCUCAGCCAGUCAGAAGAUGGUGUGUACCUUCACACUAGAAGUGAUGGAAACCUCUUCAACCUUGCACGUCUCCGAGCAAAGACCAAGGUUCGGAAAGUACUGCUAAGGGACACACUGAGAGUGCCUUACAGCGACUCAUCAGUUCCUUCGCACACGCUUGUAGCGUGUUUGGUCUCACCAUAAGUCUCAAGAAGACCAACAUCCUUGGCCAAGACGUCAGCAGCACACCAAGUAUCUCCACUGGCGACUACACUCUCGAAGUGGUGGAGGACUUCACUUACCUAGGCUCCACUAUUUCCAUCAACCUCUCGCUAGACACAGAACUGAAAAACGGAUUGGCAAAGCAGCAGAAGCAUUGGCACAUCUGGGAAAGAGGGUCUGGGACAACACCAUGUUGACCAUCAACACCAAGAUGAAGGUGUACCGGGUCUAGGUGCUCAGCACGUUACGGCAGCGAGAUCUAGACCCUCAACUCCAGCCAAGAGUGCAGACUCAACACCUUCCACCUGCGCCGCCUCAGAAGGAUAUUGGCAUCACCUGGCAAGACCUUGUUCCAAAGAAAGAUGUCCUAGCACAGGCGGGAGUACCUAGUGUGUUCGCCUUGCUCAGUCAGAGACGGCCGCGGUGGCUUGGCCAUGCCAGCCGCAUGGAGGACGGAAGGAUUCUAAAGGGCAUACUCCACGGCGAGCUUGCCACUGGAACUCGAACUGCAGGAAGCCCUACCUUUCAUUUCAAAGAUGUUUGUAAACGAGAUCUUAAAGCAGGAAAUGUCAACCCUGCAGGUUGGGAAGCUGUCGCUGCAGACCGGUCACUGGAGACCUUCGGUCAAGGCACUCAGGCGUGUAAGGAGAGAAGAAAGGAGCAUUGGGAUGAGAGAGCGCAGACGGCUGAGGGCAGCAUCAGUACCCACAGAGCCACGCACAGAAUUCAUCUGCAAUAA